AUGGACGAACUCUUUUUCUUCUUCGUCCUCUUUUGUGGCCUCUUCCUCCUCGCUUCAAUCAUAUACUGCUUCCUCUCCACCUGCUUGGGUAUACAGAUACGAAGUUCAGAUAUCAAGGAAGCUUUCUCAUUACCUACACCUGCCAGAAUCCGAGCUAGAGACGAAGAACGCCGGAGAAGGAUGGACCAGAUGGGUGGAUAUGAGAUGGACGAUAUAGGGUAUGAGAGGGUAGGCGGGAUGUCGUCGGGUGCGGAGGAAUCUGAGAUGAUGAGGAGGGGUGGGCCUUCAAGAGGUUUUUUCUAG